AUAGUUAUCCUACUAUACGACUACAUGCUUACUAUCGAUCAAGAGAUACGAUACGUCUGGAACAGCCGACUGUCCGUUGCGAAAGUCUUCUUCUACCUGAAUCGGUUCACCAUGCUGGGUUUCGCUCUCAUGUCCAUCAAUGAACUCGAAGAUGACAUAUUUUCAGCUGCAAGUUUGUGCCAAUUCUAUGGGAAUGCUUCGCGAUGUUAUCAAUGUUCAUCAUUCUCAGCACUCCGUGUUUAUGCCACCAGCGAUCGUUCGUGGACGUUAGCUGCUCUGACUCUGACGAUCGGUCUAGUACCCUUUUUCACGAACGUGGUACGAUGA